GCCUGGCGGUAGUCUGCUGUUUGCAACGCCGGUAUGCUGGAGCGCAGCGCAGUGCUGCUGUCCGUCACACAGCUAUCAGACCCCGCGGGCAGCCCGCGGUCCCGUAGCAUCGUUCCUCACUGAAACACAGUAAACUAAAGGUUUCCGCGAGCUCCGGACCCUGCCUGAGCGCUGUGAGCGGGCUCCCUCCAGUCUGAGCAGUUGGCGGGUCUAUGGAUGGUCGCUCUGGUUAUCUGUGUGUGGCCAAUGUAGGCAGCUCCUCAGUGUGAUGUGUAAUGGCUCCUGCGCUGAGUGCUCUCUGGGGGUCAGGGGUUGCGGGGUCAGAGGUUGGAGGGUCAGCAGCGCUGGCUAAUGGAGAGCUGUUUGUAGUAGGCUCUCUCACAGCACUCUCCGCCCUCCUCGUCCUCACCCUGCUGCUGCUCCUGCUUUGUGCCAGCUGCCAAGGGCAGAAGAAAGCUAGCCGGCUCCCUGGGGACCAUGAGAACCUGAUGAAUGGGGUGUCAGAAAAGGAGACAUGUAGCCAGUCAGCAGAUACAGGCAGCCACGGCACGGACCUGGUGGCCAGUAGCUCCCACAAUGGGCCUCUUACAAGUGGUACAGUGCUCACAGACACCAUGGACACAAGCCCCCAUCCAUCAGAGGAGAUGCUGUCCAGCCAGUCAGAGCUGCGUUCCUCUAAGUGUCCCCAGGACCGUGAGUUACCCAGCAUCCCUCCCACCGGUGCCCAGCAGGAUGGCCCCGGAGCGUCUGGUGACGGCACGUAUGAAGUGGUGAAGAAUGCGGCCCCUCGGGACCUCAGCGUGGAGGACUCCCUGUACGAGACUGUCAAAGAGCUGAAGGAUGGGGGCCUGCCCAACGGUACACUAAGCCCUGAGGAGCCCCCUGUGCCCCUCGUGAAUGGCCGCCUGAGCCCCAGUCCCUGCACGCCUGAGCACGGCCCGCUGGCCAACUGUGCAGAGUAUGCCUCCAUCGACCUCAACAAGAAGAGCCGCUACAGUGCGGACAUAGAGGCUCGACGCUCGGCCGCCAACAUGACUCAAGCAGAGCCGGAGGAGGACGAGAAACCCCCACCUAUACCUGACAAAGCACUGGACGAGAACGAGAACCAGCAGAUCAACGGACUCCAGAACGGACAGUUACCCUCCCCAUUGUGCGGUCCUCCAGAAUCACAGAAUGGCAUCACUCCAUCUGAGGAGUUAUCAGCUGUGUACUCCACAGUAGUAAAGCCAGUAGUGGAGGAGAAGGAAAAUGAUUACAGCUGCAUUGGAGAAAUUAGAGGACUGAUGCCGGAGUCGACUUCCAGCGACCUGUAUGCAACCGUGCGGGAUGUGUUCCCAUCACCUCCUGGUGAGCAGCCCCAGGAGGAGUCCAUGGAGAGCCCAGACCCCGGAUACGAGACCAUCAAGAUCCCAAAGACUGUGGAGGAGGGCCAGCAGGGGAACGGGGAGGCGGAACCCGACUAUGAGAGCGUUGGAGAGCUGGGCCUGAACAGGGAGAUGUCCCGCCUCUGACUGACUCACAGAGUGGGUCUACAAAUGCCUACAAACUUAUGCAGCACUGCAGCAGCAGCUCAUCUGAGUGAUAUUUUGGAAUGGGGUGUUUGCUCAUACCAGCUCACUUUGGCACUAUCUGCUCUACUAGCAUGAUGACACACUGCAAAUUCUUCUGGCAUGGUGCCACAUUUGUUGUACCACAGAAAAAAUGUGAUACACUGAAUUGACUUGAUUCAGUUCAGCUUGUUUCCACAUGAAUGAACUAGAUUAUUGUAUUAAUGCCAGUUUAUUUGCUUUUAAUUGGGUUGAUGUAAUCUCUUUUAUACAUGUGGAAACAAUCAAGUUAAUCCAGUGCAUUACUUUGUUCAUUGUGUAAUUGUGGGCAGUUUGACUUCCAGAUGUUUGCUGGCACUAACAGUUACUUUUAAAAGGCACAUCCUCUCAUUGUAACUUCUGUGGUUAUCAUUUGUUCGGGAUACUUAUGAAUAUGACAUGAAGGUGUGUGUAUGUGUGUUUUCUUUUUCAGUGCCACGCUCAUCUUAAAGAAAAAUAGGGUAUAUGAAGCUUAUGUGAAUUCUCAGUUGGGUACCGUAACUAGAGUUGGCACCGCAGUGCUCUUGUUAUGAUGUUUUAUUCAUGCAUUGUGUACUAGUAAGCGCGCUCCGCUGGAGGUGGACUUAGCUGGGAGCCGUGUUGUGCCGCUGAGCGAGGUGCAGGUCUAACAGACGGCCGUCGUGCCCUUGGCUCACCCCCGAGAGCAGGCACACACAGCAGGCAAUGCCACCACACAAGCAAAACACAUCCGCUUUACCCAUUCAAAGCUUUGGGAAUCGAAGAGAUCAGGCAGCAUGUAAAAACGCACAGCACAUAUCAGAAAUGAAAAACAAAAAAUACAUCUUUCCAUGGAGUUCACAAUGCAGAUCAAAUCACCUCUUAUGGUACAUGUGGUCCUGCUACACUUCUGCAUCAGGCUGAUAAUGAUAAUCAUGGUAAAACAUAUCUAUUACGGAUGUUCUAAUCUUCUGCAGACUCUUCAGAACGUAUUUAUGAAUAUUUGUUGAAUAUAUUUUUAAAUUCUGCUCAAAGUAUCUGUUUAAUGUGUGUCGUGUGUCCAAAUGAAUUGUUCAUUAUUGCCGCAGUAUUGACUGAGCGUAUCAAAUCCAUUAUUUUGUGACCAUUUUGUUUCCUGUAGUAGGUACACAGUCCUAAUGUAGUAAAGCACAAAAGAAACUCCAUGGUACUGUCACAUAGCGCUUGCCUGGCAACUAUUCCUUUGUGUAAACAAAUCAAAUAGGAAGCGCUUUUUCUCUUGAGAAGCAGUUUAAUCCAAAAAAGACGCCGCACACAGACACUGCAUGUUAUAUACAUGCCAAUAAAGACUGUAAAUAAAUAUAUUGAUCAGUUUAACAUAUAUAGUACAAUUUUAUACAUUUUAUCACUCUGCCCUCCUUUAAUGAAGGUUUUAGUGUGUUUUAUACAGUAGUAUGCUUUCUGAUGGCUUAUAAAGCACAGACGUUUGAGUGGUGUUUUGGGUGCGCUGUGGUUGUCUGAAAGAAAUUCUGCAAGUUGUUUGUUCAUGAAGAAAAAAAAAGAACGACUCCUACAGUCACUGCCUGGCUGUUUACUCUGUAAGAGGUCUCUGCUUGAAGUGUGGUUUUCAGAUAUGGGUGACUAUAGUUUGAGUCUCUUUGGUGAAAAUGUAUGGUUGUCUGUGUGUUGAUUCUGCGAUAAUGGUACAUUUUCUUGGUACAAGUUCUGUAUUGUGAGGGUACUUUGAUUUUUAUUUAAUAUCAUACAACAUUGAUAUCUUUUGAUUUUACUUCAGAGUGAAUUCAGUGUAUUUUAUUUGUAAAUAAAUAUGAUUGCAUUUGUUUAUAUUAUCAUAGUCUUUUUAAAGUGUCACUUGCCAAAUUAAAUACAAUCUUGCUGGACUAAAA